UUAACAAAUCUUUCCGGUUAUUCUUUGUAUCGUAUCUUUUUUGCUCUUUUUCUCCCUCCCCUCAGCUUUUGCAGGCGCAAUCAAGCUUUUCUGCUCUUCAGGCUCUUCUUUAGGUUCUUUAGGGACCCAGCUCUUAGACUUGUAUUUCGAUAAACUACUAUGCCAGAUUUUUCUUCGAGAAGAUGGGAUGCAUUAGGGCUGAUGAUCAGCUGCUCACACUGGAGAAUCCACAACCACAACACCUUUAAUUAGAGCAAGAUCAUGAAGAAGAUGAUCAAGGUUUAGAGCCCAGAAAUCCAGCAUAAUUAGAUUAGACGGAAGAACUCAAUCACCAAGAUAAGAAAGUAGAGAUGACAACCACUCAGAACUAUGACGAUGAUGAUCACCCCCCAAGGGAUUCUACAGAACACCACCAUCUUUUUUUUCCUCCUCCGUCGAAUCACCUACAAAGCGAUUCAUAUCCAAGCUCAACGAUUGUCAAGUACGGAGAAUGUUUGAAGAAUCACGCGGCGAGCAUGGGGAGUUAUGUUGUGGAUGGAUGCGGAGAGUUCAUGCCAAACGGAGAAAAAGACAACACAGAAUCUUUGAGAUGUGCUGCUUGUGGAUGCCACCGGAAUUUUCAUCGGAAAGAAACCCAAGGUAAGGCGGAACUGCAACAUAUUUCUGAUUAUUACACCUAUUAUUCCAACAAAAGCAACGAUCAACGACAUAGAACUGCUUCUCCUUUAGUCCCUUCUCUUCAUCAACAACAUAACAGAUUGGUCCCACCAAUGAUGAUGGCCUUCGGCGGAGUCCCGGCGGAGUCCUCCGGCGAAGAUCUCCAGGUGUUCCAGUCUAAUAGCGGUGGGCAGCCUCCAGUGCAGGCAUCACUCUCGAAGACGAAGAGGUUUCGGACCAAGUUUACUCAAGAACAGAAGAAGAGGAUGAUGGAAUAUGCUGAGAAGCUUGGGUGGAAGAUCCAGAAAAAUGAUGAACAAGAAGUACGGCAAUUCUGUUCUCAGGUCGGAGUCAACAGGCAGGUUUUCAAAGUUUGGAUGCACAACAAUAAGCAAAGGAAGCAGCAGCAAGUGUAAGCCAAGACCCCCAUCAGUCUCUAAAAUAAUAAUUCUCUUUGGAAAAAAUAAUAAUAAUAUAUCAGAAUUUCUGAGUGAAGACUUAGAUUAUAGAUGUGCAUAAAUACAUUGAUUUGACUCAUUUUCCCAUCCUUAUGUUCUUUGGAAUAAAUUGUGGUAUUUGACUAAACGUAAACGGUAAUGGCAAUAUGCAUUUCCUUCUCCUUCCUGUCUGAUGGUUGAGGAUUCUGACAAAAUAAUAGAGAAAUAUAACGACAAUUUCAAUACUGGCUA